AUGGUGUUUUUUCUCGGUAUUAUGCUCGGCUAAUUACAUUGUUCUCGAAUCGUAAAAACAACGUUUACAUUGUGCUACAAAAGGUGACCACACUUACGCUGGAUACGCAUUCACACACGUAAUUGUUUGUCUUAUAAGAGUAUACACUAGUGUACAGGUUUACGUAGAUCAAGUCUUUGCUACUUAAUAGGAUAUUCUAGAAUGCCCUAACAAGUCAAAAAUGUUUGUAGGUUUAAUACAAAGAGGUUGAUAUAUUGUUUACCGAUUAUGUGCCGUGUUAGCAUUCGUCUUGAAUCGUAUACACACCAUUUCCAUUGUGCUACAUACAAGACGGGAGUCAUUUAAACACAGGACAUACGCAGAGUCAGACAUCAGACAAGUAUAGAAUGCAAUGAUCCGAAUGGGAAGACACCGCUUACAAAGUACCAUUAACAUAUACACGGACAUGUAUGUUUUCCAACAACGCAGGUAGUUUGUUCAUUCCCCAAACCAACCUUUUUGAUGACUAAUUGUUUCUUAAUCGGUUGUGUUCAAACGCAAUAAAAAUGGCGAAUAAUACAGCUUUGAAAGAAAAUCCUGAUAAUCAUGUGAUGAUGAACAAUGCAUUCUACAACAGCCAUAUAAGUUGUGGCAAUCUGACAGAAACGUCGGAUUAUUUCGGGACCAGAACAACUGUGUGUUUGGGAAUAAUGCUGAUAGUUACCAUUUUUGCGGCAGUAUUCGGCAAUCUGAUGGUGAUAGUUGUGAUCGUAAAGAAUCGUGCUAUGCGUGAAAUGAUAUAUAUGUUUCUCCUGAGUUUAGCCAUAGCUGACCUAAUGAUCGGAGCUUUGAUGGCACCACUGGCCUUUUACAACCUUCUGAAAGAGUGUUGGGGCCUUCCUCGAUUUAUGUGUACCUUAAACCUCGUCAUCAACACGACACUCCUUGUGACAUCUAUACACACCCUCAUGUGGAUGGCGGUGUAUAAAUUCAUUUGUGUCAAACGCGUAUUCAGCCCUCCAAGUAGAUGGGUAGGGAAUUUGUUAAUUGUGCUAGCGUGGGCUUGGGGUCUCUUGUUGGCCUUUCUGACCACCCAUUUUAACCAGGCAGUCUACAAACCAAAGACAAUGCAGUGUGGGCCUACCUACCCAAUCAACAGUUAUAUUCUCCAUGCUGCUAACCAGCUCAUCAAUCUCAUUAUACCAAUAAUUGUCAUGAUGGUUGCUUAUAUUAAGAUAUAUCUUGCAAUUCGUCAGUCAGGAGAGUUUCAGAGACAGCAUACUAUCACGACCGAAGGUCGUCAACGAAGCGAAGCACGAGCCGUCGCUAAGACUCUCUUCAUCGUUCUGCUAUGUUUCCUGCUGUGUUGGCUUCCCUACUUCUGCUAUACAAACAUUGGCGCUUUCAUCAACGACAAGGGUGACAUUCCCGCAUACCUCAACGCCGUGGCUUACGCUUUUGGUUAUAUGAACAGCGCAUGCAACCCUAUCAUCUACGCCUGGCGGUUCCCAGAGUUCCGGAAAGGCUACAAAGACAUACUUUGUAAGAAGCCACAAUAUACAUUGGCCAUUGGACCACUUGGUCGGCCAGUCAUGACUACACGAAAGAAACAGGUCCGAUCUUCGUCGGCAGUUACAACAACUUCCAACACAAGUAACAUUGGACAAAUGCUCACUCGGGGUUCCAACGGCAGCGUUGGUAAUGACAAGGACAAUGUGGGACAACGUAAAUCCAAGGAGAUCGAGCUUUAUCACUUAGGCGACGACAGAGAUUCAGUGUUUCUACAUGCUGAUGAAAAUAACAAGUUUCUUUCUUAAAUACCUGAUACCAUUUUGUCAUGUCGGCUGGCCGAUAAACCAAUCAUGUGGCCACCCGCAAUAUUUUAAUAAGAUGACGUCAUCUCAUGCAGACUUGCUGACACACAAAAAUUAUGUUACAAUCUGUACUUAAGUUGACGUCGUACCGACCAUUUGAAGCACCAAAAAUAUUGCGACCACAAUCAAAAGAUGAGGAUAUCGGCGCCUGGUUGUCCUGCUAUAUGUUAAGACAUUUACUGAUUACAUUGUUGCUUUGGUUCCUGAAUAUCUGUACUGGAGAUUUGUGCUGAUAUGUGACUGAUACAUUGUAUGUAUUUUUUAUGGAAAGGUUGUCAGUUAUAUGGAGUUAGCUUGUAUGUAAGCAAACCUAGUAUCCGUCUGAUAUAUAUACUGUUUACCUGUGUAUAUCUGUACUCUAUCCAGUCAUAUUGCGCACUUAAGCGUCUUCGUGGAUAUAUUGCUGUUGGGAUGCUAAAUUAAUUUGUGAAUGACGAAUUAUUAACACAUUUUCCAGUCUAAAUUGAAUUGUAUAAACAGAUUUUGAUAUAACUUUCCCGAAUUAUCUUUUCUGUUUUUUGCUUUUUCAAGAACUUGAUCACGUUUUCAUAUUACAGGCUGAUAUUUAACAUUAUUCGAAAAUAAUAAGUUUUUUUUAAUCUGUAUUUUACGUCAGAUAAAUAAAUUUGUCUUAUCUCCCUUUCGUCAACCCAUAAAUAUGUUUGAUCGUUAAUUGCUUAUGUGACCAGGGACUUGGAAUAUUGAUAAGCGUGUUUAAUAUCAAUAUAGAUAUAUAGCGCUUCUGUGCAAGUUUUUCCGUAUUACAGACUAAUAUAUAUAUAUAUUUGCAAUAUAACACUGAACUGUAACUAUGUAUCACAAUCUAACUAUAUGCGGUAUUGAUUAGUUUUGAUGAUUUAAGUAUAUUUCCAAUUGCGUUUUAAAUACAAUCAAACUGUUUGCUAUGCAUGCUGACGGCUUACAUGCUUAUUCUGUCGUUAUGUAGCGUCAUUAUUUGUUACGUUUCAGAUACUAGCAUAAAAAGGCAAAGUUGAUAUUUGUUGAUAAAUCUUUAAAAAGAGGCGCACAGCAAUGUAUGAAAAAUUAUGAGAUACUAUAUUUUUUGAUAUAGGCUGUCUUCUAUGGCAAGUUGUCACUUAUUCGUGGAUCAAUGUUGAUCCAAUAUUUUACCAAAUUAUAUAAGAUACAUGUAUCUUAUAUAUUAUAUAAUAUAUCUUAUAUGUUUCUGAGAUGUUUCGUAAAAGAUAAAAAGAUAUCCCAUACACUUUUUUUUAUAAGAUAUAUAAUAUAAUAGCAUAUUUAUUAAAUAAGAUAUCUUAUAAAAUAUAUAAUAUAUACAAACUGUAUAUAAGAUAUCUUAUGCCGAGACGGCAGCUGCCACAAUCAACUGAACAAAGUGACAACACAUUAAGAAUAUGACAAUUUUAAAACUAUAUCAAACUAUUGUAUGCAGCUUCAGCUUAUACGAAACGCAAUUUUUUCACACAAGUAUUGACAUCAGAAUAUAAUCCUAAUAGACCAUUCACAAACAAAGUCUACAUUGAUUGAAUAUUUUAUUUAAAUACGGUACUAACUCCGAUGUUCUUAGCAUUAUACGUUAUACAUUACCUGAGCUGUGAUGUCUGAUACUUGUUUUAACAAUAGUGACUCGAUAAACAUGAUUUUAUCAAA